GAAGUAAAUUCUCUCAAACAAAACCCUCUUUCAGUUGUUCGGCUUCAGUGCUUCACUAACCGCUUUCUCUCUUUCAAUGGCUUCUGAAAACCAACCAAAAACCGCAAACACCAAUGACCCCAAAAAACGCAAACGUUGUUACUUACCUCACAACAAAGCAGUGAAGAAGAAGGGGCCAAGCCCUUUAAGACCAGGAAUUCAAGGCUUCUUCAUAACCUGUGAUGGUGGAAGGGAACACCAAGCUUCUCAUGAAGCUAUCAAUGUCAUUGAUACUAUUUUAGAAGAGCUGAUCGAUGGUAAGGAUUCAAGGGCUAAUAUAACAGUGAUACCAGAGAAACCUGCAAACAAAAAAAUAAAGUUUUCAUACUCUGACUCUUCUGAUAAUGAAGAAGAUGAUGACAAUGUUGACGAGAAUGGAGCCGAGAACCAGUCUGAAAAAGUUGCAGAAGAGGUUGCUAACAAUGGAAGUACCCUGGAAGAAAAUACUGAUCCUGCUAAGAAGGAUGAUAAGUUGCCUGAGGUUGGAUCAGGACAAGUUGCUGAUGGUUGUGAGGAAGUUGAUAAACAAGCUGAUGACAAAAGCAAGGAGAAUGAGGAACCAAUCGAAAAGAAACAGUGCAGUGAUACCAAAAAGUUAGAAAGCAUAAAUCAUACCGCAGAGCUAUCUGUUGAUAAGUUGAUAGAAGCUGAACUUAAGGAAUUAGGAGAUAAGAGCAAGCGGCGUUUCUCAAAGAUUGAUACCGGCUGUAAUGGUGUUGUCUUUGUACUUAUGCGGAGAAGGGAUGGAGACCCUAGCCCUGGAGAACUUGUACAGCAUAUGAUGGAAUCUGCUUCAGCUACAAAAAAGCAUAUGUCAAGGUUUCUUCUGAGAGUGCUACCCGUAGAGCUUUCAUGUUAUGCAUCUGAAGAGGAAAUAUCAAAAGCUAUUAAGCCAGUUAUUGAACAAUACUUCCCUGUCACCGCUGAAGCACCGAUUAAGUUUGCUGUUCAAUAUGAUGCCCGUGCCAAUUCUGGCAUCGAGAGGAUGAAGAUAAUAGAUGCGGUUGCCAAAGCUGUUCCUGAACCACAUAAAGUAGAUCUCAAAAAUCCACAGAAGACUAUUAUUGUCCAAAUUGUUAAGACUGUGUGCUUGGUUGGUAUUGUGGAGAAGUACAAAGAGUUGGCGAAGUUUAAUUUGAGGCAGCUCACAUCAUGAUAGCCAGGUUUAAGUAAGGCUUGCUCGAGAUUCAACUUGGACAAUAAGAACAAGAACGUCAAUAGUGACAACAAGAAUAUGGCCCCAGAUCAAGACACACAACAAGAAUAUGGCCUCAGAUCAAGACACUCUUUUUGGGCAUCUUGAUGAUAGUACACAGUUACACACUCAUAAUGUUGUAUACUAGUGGCUCAUUCUUUUUCUCUAAACCCCCUAUUUGCCUCAUAUUGUGUGUUUGUUGAGCUAGUGAAUUCAAGUCUUCAACUAAAUAAACAAAUCUGUUUCAGCUUAAAUUUUUAACUCUAGUCUGUUGAACUUUAGUGAUUGUUACAUUAGUCUUUGUUGAAGUUGGAUUUAUACUAAAAGAACUUAGAAUUAUGUCAUAUGUGCACUUACA